GUGUCGUCAUUCUAGCAGGAACAUCCUGAAAUGUAAGCAUGGCCCGUAAAUCUCCGUUUCGGUGUUAAAGAUGUGCCUUUGUUCGAGUGAGUGUUUUAAGAUUCUUGCGUGUUCAGCUCUAUAUAUAUAUAUAUAACAGUCUGGAAAAUUGUGAAGAAAUUUCAGGAGACUGGUUCCAUCGCUGAUCGACCGAAAAAGAAGGGUGUGGACUCCUCAGCUUGUCAACAAUACCAGAGAAAAGAUAUGCGAAAUCCUCAGAAAAACUGUGCAAGCACAAAUAUGGUGCUUAAGAAGUUCAUUGAUGAAGUGACUAUUGGUGUCAGUAUGAUUGACUAAAACUCUGGAAGGCAGUACUACAGCAUAUACCAAUGAUAGAAACCACUGAAAGUAUAACUUAUAAUAGAAUAAAUGCAUUCUGCUGUCGAUACCAUUGUUUUGGAAAUGUUUAAGUAUGUUUUCUAUGGUACAUAUUGUUUGCAUCCUUGUUUGUAUAAUACUGAUACAACUUUCAAUUUGUUAUAAAUUAGUUUUAAAAUCUUCAAGUGAAAAACUGCCAACAGAUCAGUUCCAAAAUUUUCAAGUAAAAUACCAUCAAAAGAGAAGUUUGUCAGUUAUAAAGUCGUCAUCAUCUGAGAAACAAACACCAUAUAGAACACUCCUUCAGCAUCCAAGAGUGAUUAAAGCAUGUGAAGGGUUUCGUGCAGCAAGAUCUCAAAAAUACAAAGGUAAUUUCAACAGGCUUUUUUCUGGCUACAAACUUGUUCAAGUUCAUACUUUCUUAAGUUCUGGACAAACUCUACCAGAACAAAUACCUGCACUCAGAUCACCAAUGAUUACCUGUAAGAUAACAAGUCUCUUGUCAGAUAAUCCUAAAGUAAGGUUAUUUGAAGAGAGUGUUUCUUUACACCAGAAGCUUCAAAAAAGACCCAGUAGUUUAAAAAUAUUCCCACCAACAUCUAGAAAACAUGUUUGCUUUUUAGGGGACCUUACACCUUAUGGAAUCCUUCAGCAAAUUGAGCAUGGUGAAUUUUUGAGAGAAGUUUAUAGUCAUAGGCUGAAAAAUACAGCUCUUGAAAAGUUGUUUACUAUACAGACCAUUCCAGAAAAACUUCAGUACCAAAAUUCUCUUGCUUUUGCAGUUGGCUUUCUUACACAGAAACAAUUUAGUCGUAUACAUGUUGGUAAAUCUCUUCCAGAUUUUGCUUCUAGGUCCAUGAAUAAACAUCUUAAUUGUCCUAAAUUAAAUAUGUUUUCUUCACAAGUAGAAAAUGCUAUAAAUUCUGGUCAGUUUAUUUUUAAAGAAGCACAUCCAUCCACCAAACGUUUAGUUAGCCUUUUUAAUUUUACAGAUAUUAUUAAAUCUUCUUCAUUGGAAAUUCUUCAAACUACGUUAUCUUACUUGUGCAAUAAAAUCUCUCCUGUUUGUCGUAAGGAUAAGCCUUGCAUAAGAAUUACAUCCAAGGGGUUAACAGAAACUGUCAGAAUGACUGACAACUACUUCAAAAAUCUCAUUGUAAACCCUUUGUUUACUGAAAUUUCAAAGUUGUCCACAUUUCCAGCUUUUCAGGGAAUUAUGGAAAGUAUCGACAAUAGCAAAAUAUUUUUCCAUACAUAUUCCUCCAAGCUUUCUUUUCUAUUGUAUUUGCUUCGAACUCUGGGGCUCACAAUUACUGAAAGGCCUCUGUCAGUGAGUCAUUUCAUUUUUGAAGUUUAUGCUAAUAGUGAAGGCUCAAAAUUUUUCCGUAUCCUUUUUAAUGGUGAAGAUUUAACAAAUCAAGUGCUCUCUUGUAAGAAUACUGCAGCUUCAUUUUCAAAUCUCUGUCCGUUAAGCAUUUUAAAUAAUUUUAUUACUCAUGGGAUAUUUAAACAAUUUAAAAGUCAAACCUACACAGAAGCAUGUCAGUAG